GUUUAAUGAGGACUGGACAAGAGACUAUUUUUUUGUAGAGAACAGAGGAAACAUUGUCUGCCUUAUAUGCACAGAAACGAUCGCUGUUGCCAAAGUAAGCAAUGUCAAACGUCAUUACAUGUCAAAACACUCUUCCAAGUUUGAUGAGUUGCAAGGAGAACAAAGAGCUGUGAAAGUCAAAGAACUGAAGGGAAAGCUGUCAUCUCAACAAAGUGUGUUUACCAAAUCAGACGGAGAAUUCAAAAAAUCCACAAAGGCGAGCUACGUAGUUUCAGAGAUAAUUGCAAAGAGGAUGAAACCAUUCAGUGACGGUGAAUUUGUGAAAGAGUGUGUGAAUGCAGUUUUUGACACAAUGUGCCCUGAGAAAGCUCCGAUUCUAAACAGUCUCAGUCUGAGUGCUAGGACAGUCAGUACGAGGAUCGAGGAAUUGUCAAAAAAUCUGUCUGACCAGUUGCACUCAGCAGCCUCUCAGUUCAAAGUGUUUUCGCUUGCAGCUUGA